AUGGCCGCCAAAUGCUACGACCGCGACGGCAACGAAGACGUCACCCGAAUCCCCUGCUCGCAGGACGAAGACCCGGCCCAAUGCUGCGGCGAAGGCGAGUACUGCGCGAGCAACGGGCUCUGCGGCCGCAUCGAGGACGGCGACAUGGGACUAUGGCAGAAUACGUGCUCGGUGCAGGAUUGGAUCGACGGGAAUGUCACGACGUGUCCGACGCAGUGUGCUAGUAUACGGAAUGGCGGAAACGGCGUCACAGCCUGCGGCAACGAGACCUUCUGCUGCACGGGCUUCGGCGGCUGCGACUGCAACAAUUCAACGCAGACGUUUUCGCUCGCGGCGGUGGAGUUCGUCGUCACGAGUCUCUCGCCGGAGAGUACGAGCACCUCUAUCUCCUCGAGCACAACCACAUCUACAACCUCCACAACAACAUCGACAACAACACCCACAGACGGCGGCGACAGCACCGGCGACAGUGAUAGCGGGAGCUCAAGCCACCUGGGCGUCGGCCUAGGCGUGGGCUUAGGGGUCGGCAUCCCGCUGGUGCUGGGCGCGCUCGCAGCGCUCUGGUUCCUGCGGCGGCGGAAGCGCGGCUCGCGCGUGCCCACGUCCGAGCCGAACUCCAUGGAGGCGUUUGCGCCGACGCAGCAGGAUAAGCAUGUUGCGAAUGUCUAUGCGGAUGCGAAUACGGGUGCCGCGCAGGAGGGCUAUGUGCAGCCGCAGGGGCGGCCGCAUGCGCAGAUGCAGGAGUUGCCGGCGACGAGGGGGCAGGAGGGGCCGGCGGAGUUGCAGUAG